AGGACUCUCUAAAGGAACUCAUGUAGCGCGAUGCCGCCUUGUUCGGACUCAAGGAGGGAACCAAAACGGCCAAGUUCAUUUGCUUUAAUUGAACCGGAUAGCAAGAGUUUUCUUUUUUGACGUUUUGAACUAAGCUGGAUGUGAGACCCCUGGGCCAUGGCGAGCGAGGUAGUGUGUGGACUCGUCUUCAGGCUGCUGCUGCCGUUUUGCUUGGCGGCAGCAUGUAUGUUCAGGUACAAUGGUCUCUCCUUGGUCUACCUAAUCUACCUCCUCCUCAUCCCGCUGUUUCCCGAGCCCACAACCAAAACUAUGCAAGGCCACACUGGGCGUUUGCUGAAGUCUCUGUUCUUUGCCAGUAUGACCUUCCUUGUGUUCCACAUCAUCUACCAAAUCACAGUCAACAGUCUGCUGGCAGGAAACACUAUCAGGCCUGACUUUAACUGUACGCUGUGGGAGAAGUCUAUACGACAGAUUGGAUUUGAGAGUGUUGUAGGGGCAGAUGCAAGCAAUGGCAUCCGGGUGUUUAUUCCAGACAUUGGCAUGUUCAUGGUAGGCCUGGGCACCUGGCUGCUGUGUAGGAGUCUAGAGCAGAAGAGGCCGUCGGAAGACAUGGCCCAGUACAACCAUGACUUUGAGGCAGAAUAUCAGGAGGAGGAGAGUGAAGAGAAGCGGGACCUUGAUGAUGAAAAUGACGAGAUGCUCUUUGAUGAGGACUUUGAUGCUGAAGAUGAGGCAGAGGAAGAGGAUGAUGGCCUGGAGGAGGAAGAAGAGGGUGAGGAAGUGAAGGAGAGUGCUAAGAUGAAGGUCCUGCGCAUAGUUGCAGGAGUGGCCUCUAAAGUGAAGGAUGUCAUUGGUAACCUCAUCACCACAGCAGGGAAGGUGGUGGUGACUAUAUUGCUGGGCCUAACAGGUAUGAUGCUGCCCUCUCUGACCUCAGCUGUCUACUUCUUUGUCUUCCUGGCCCUGUGCACAUGGUGGUCUUUUUGCCGGACUUUUGACACCCUCCUUUUCAGUUGCCUGUGUGUGCUGAUGGCCAUCUUCUCUGCCGGCCAUCUCAUUGUCCUCUACCUCUACCAGUUCCAGUUUCUCCAGGACAGCAUCCCGCAUAAUGACAGCUACAUCAGUGUGUUUGGCAUUUCCUCUAUAGUUCAGACAGACUGUGUGUCCACUUGGAGGUUCAAUGUGAAUUCCAGCCUGAAGUGGUACCAUUUUGUCAAUCCCAUCAUGCUCCUGGUACUGUACUACACACUGGCCACGUUGAUCCGUCUCUGGCUGCAGGACCCCAUGAUCACGGAGAAUGAGGAAGAGGAAAUGAAUGAAAACAGUGAUGCACAAACAGCAAACAGGAGGAGGCACUUGUGGUGGAUGGCACAUCAGAGGACUGAGGAGAAAAACCUACUGUCCACUCAGGAUGGUUACAGCACCUCUGAGGCAGCAAUAGUGAACUCCAAUGGGACAUCUUUUGGCUAUGUCUCCACCCAGAAUUCAGAGAAUGGACCAGUCAGCUUAGACCUCUACUCCACUCCUAAGUAUAAAGUGGACCAAACCAACAUUGUCGAUGACCAGAAGGAUGGAGAGAUAUAUGAAGUAGUGGAGGUGCCACAGGAAGAGGAAGAGGAGAAGACGGAAGACAGUGAGCAGGCCAGCAGCCCUGGAGCUUUUGUCAAAGUCUUCAGGUUCAUCAUGAAGCAGAGCUAUGUCUGUGCUCUCAUUGCCAUGAUGGCUUGGAGCAUUACAUACGUGAGCUGGUUGACGUUUGUGUUUCUGUUGUGGUCCUGCGCCUUAUGGAUGGUGCGAGAUAGGAGGAAGUAUGCCAUGCUGAGCUCACCCUUCAUGGUGGCCUAUGGUAACCUGUUGCUGGUGCUGCAGUAUAUUUGGAGCUUUGAACACCUAAACCAGGUCCCCGGCCUUUUCCCCAAAACGGAGGUGCCCUUCACUGCUCUCGGUUCUAAGGUGCUGUGUCUGCUGAGUUUCUGGUUGCUGUUGCAUCAGACCCUGACUGAACGGCAGGACAGGCUGAAAGAGGAAGAAGCUCUUUCUGAAGUUACAGUUGACUCUGAGAAGAAGGAGGUGGAGAAGCCAGAGGAAGAGGAUGGCAGGGAGAAUGACCUGAUGCAGGUUGUGGGAAAACUUGUGAUGGCCAUGCUGGUGAAGUACUGGAUCUACAUCUGUGGCGGCAUGUUCUUCUUCGUCAGCUUCGAGGGACGCAUUGUAAUGUACAAGAUCAUCUACAUGAUGCUGUUGCUCUUCUGUGUAGCCCUCUAUCAGGUACAUUAUGAGUGGUGGCGCAGGAUCCUGAAGUACUUCUGGAUGUCGGUGGUGGUGUACACCAUGCUGGUAGUCAUCCUUAUCUACACCUGCCAGUUUGAGGCCUCUAUACCCAUCUGGUCCAACAUUACAGGCAUAAGUGUAGCUAAACUGAAUGAUCUGGGCUUGGAGAGGUUCUCCUUAGGUGAUCUGUUUACCCGGAUCUUCAUCCCCACUUCUUUCCUUUUAGUGUGCAUUCUUCACCUGCAUUACUUCCAUGAGCACUUCCUCGAGCUCACCGACCUCAAAGCUGUGGCUGCCAAACAUGACAGUGCCAUCUAUAGACUUGCCCAUCCGGAUGGGAGCUUGGCAGACCUCACCAUGAUGAGCUCCUCCCCUGAGCCCUUACUGAAAGAGGAGAGAGAGAAAGAGGUGCUGGUGGUGGAGGCCAUAGUGGAGGAGAAAAAGAAGGAGGGGUCGGUUCACCUAUCCAGCCAUGAAGGGAGUCAACAGUGCAGCAUGGCUACAGAUCCGGAAAUCCCAUCAGAACAAAGCUCAGAUCUGAAGAGCAAGUGGCACUUGGUGGUGGAUCGUCUGACUGUGCUGUUUUUGAAGUUCCUGGAGUACUUCCACAAACUGCAGCUUUUCAUAUGGUGGCUGCUGGAGAUCCACAUCAUCAAGAUUGUGUCUUCCUACAUCAUUCUGGUGUCUGUUACAGAGGUGUCUCUGCUGAAUUAUGUGUUUCUGGCCUCGUGGGCCUUCGCUCUGCCCUACCGUCAGUUCCGCCCAUUGGCCUCCAGUAUCUGCACUGUGUGGACCUGUGUCAUCAUCAUCUGCAAAAUGUUGUACCAGCUACAGACCAUACGACCAGAAACAUACUCCAAAAAUUGCUCAAUGCCUACAAACUACAGUGACCAGGCGAUAGAUUACAUGAAGAUGUCUCUACUGUACAGUGAGCCAGUGGACCCUGCAAACUGGGUUGGACUGAAGAAGUUUGAACAUCUCUUGAUAAAUCUGAGGAAUAACUUGCUAAUACUGGCCAUCUUGGCUUUUGAAGUGACCAUCUACAGACAUCAGGAGUAUUUCCGGCUACACAACAAACUCUCCGCUCCCCCUUCUAGAACCAUUUUUCAUGAUAUUACUCGCCAACACCUUGACAAUGGUAUUGUCAACUGCAUCAAAUACUUCAUCAACUACUCCUUCUACAAGUUUGGGGUAGAGGUGUGUUUCCUGCUAGCAGUGAAUGUGAUUGGCCAGCGGAUGGACUUCUACUCCAUGCUGCAUGCCAUAGCACUGGCAGCAGUGAUGUACCGGCGCAGGAGGAAGGCCAUUGCUGAGAUUUGGCCCAAAUAUUGCUGCUUCCUGGCCUGCGUGAUCACCUUCCAAUAUUUUGUUUGUAUAGGCAUCCCACCAGCAGCUUGUAAAGACUAUCCCUGGAGGUUUCCUAACUCAACAGCUUCUAACGUCAUUAAGUGGUUCUAUCUGCCUGAUUUCCGCACCAAACCAAACCCCAAGUUUCUCCUCUAUGACUUCAUGUUGCUGCUGAGUGCCUCUCUGCAGCGACAGGUGUUUGAUGAGGAGAACAAGGCAGCGGUGCGUUUGUUGGCAGGAGACAAUGUGGAGAUCUGCCGAGAUCUAGACGCCGCCUCUUUUAGUGUGCACAACCCUGUGCCAGACUUCAUACACUGCAGGUCAUAUCUGGACAUGUUUAAGGUGAUUGUGUUCAGCUACCUGUUCUGGUUUGUCCUCACCAUCAUCUUCAUCACGGGCACCACACGCAUCAGUAUCUUCUGUAUGGGCUACCUGGUGGCCUGCUUCUACUUCCUGCUCUUUGGGGGAGAGCUACUCCUGAAACCAAUCAAAAAGAUCCUGCGCUACUGGGAUUUCUUGAUAGCCUACAACGUCUUUGUUAUCACAAUGAAGAACGUCUUUUCUAUUCUUGCGUGUGGCUGUAUCAGCCACCUGAUAGCGAAAUCCUGCUGGCUGAUACAAUUGCUGAGUCUGGCCUGCACCAUCAAAGAAUAUGAAGACCUGCCAGUCUCCAGUACUGACUGUGACUUGCCCCGGGAUGAAGCAGGGAUCAUCUGGGACAGCAUUUGUUUCAGCUUCCUGCUACUGCAGCGACGCGUCUUCAUGAGCUACUACUUCUUGCACGUGGUAGCUGAUAUCCGCGCUGGACAGAUACUAGCUUCUAGAGGAGCAGAGCUGUUCCAGGCUUCCAUAGUGAAGGCAGUGAGAGCUCGAAUAGAGGAGGAGAACAAAUCCAUGGAACAGCUCAAGAGACAGAUGGACCGCAUUAAGACCCGGCAGCAGAAGUUUAAGAAGGGGAAGGAGAAGAUGCUGAGCAUGGCCCAGGAAUCUGGAGACGGGCAGAACCUUAUCCCACCCGAAGGAGAAGACGAUGAUGGAGCAGAGAAAGAGAAAACCAAGGCCAAAAAAAAGCAGUGGUGGAGGCCUUGGGUUGACCAUGCUUCCAUGGUGAGGAGUGGGGAUUAUUACCUGUUUGAGACUGACAGCGAAGAGGAGGAAGAAGAGGAAGAGAAAAAAGAGGACGAACCUCCCAAGAAAUCAGCUUUCCAGCGAGCGAUUGGAAAGUUUGCCUCAGCUGUCCUGGCUUUGCCCAGGUCUAUCAUAAAACUGCCCAAAACUAUCCUGCAGUAUAUUAUCAGGGCAGCCAAGUUUGUAUACCACGCGUGGGUCACAGACUCCAAAACGGCACUGAAAGAGCGAAGCAAGGAGAGGCGCCAUUUCUGGAGAAGAUACGGUAGAGGGCAUAAACAUCAAAAGGACAGGAAAGAAGAUGCAUUUUUAUGUGUGUCAGGGCAUGUAGCAAUCGAGGUAGGGGAUGAUGAACAACAGACCACAGAGGAGAAGAAAGAAGGGCCAGACAACAUCAUUAAGAGGGUUUUCAACAUAAUCAAAUUCACGUGGGUGCUGUUCCUGACCACACUGGACAGCCUGACUGUGUGGAUCAACUCCAUCUGUAAAGAGUACAUUGAUAUCUCCACUGUCCUUCGCAUUGAACGCUGUAUGCUCACCAGAGAGGUCAAAAAGGGUAAUGUGCCAUCACGUGAGAGCAUCCAUGUGUACUACCAGAAACAGAUGCGUCUAAAUGCGUCCCGGGAGUCAGGGCUAGACAGGAUCAGCGAGGAGGAUUCAACUUCAGGCUCUCAAAGGGUCCGUCGCAGACGCAGGGGCUACACUAUGGAGAGCCAAGACUCUGUGAUGUCCAGAGACAGCAUCUCAAGCGCAUACACAGAGGCCACCAUGCUCUUUUCCCGCCAGUCCACACUGGAUGACCUGGACGAUAUGCCUCAGAAUGUGCCCAAAACAAGCGAGCGUGCUCGGCCCAAACUGCGCAAAAUGUAUGGCCUGGACAUGUCCAACUCAUCCGGGGACAGCGGCAGCAGUGCCAUCUCCAGUGAAGCCACUCAGUGCAUCACUUUAUUCUCACGGCAAGGCACCAGUGACACUAUCGAGGAGGCGGAGGAUGAGCAGGACCAUGCGCAGACCAAACGGGAAAGUCCUAAACAAGUCGAGGAACGAGAGGAAGGCCCUUGGAGCUCCAUGAAGCCUGAACCAGAGCAGGAGCCCAAACUAGAGCAGGAGCUUGAAGUAGAGCAGGAGCUUGAACCAGAGCAGGAGCCUAAACUAGAGCAAGAGUUUGAACCAGAGCGGGAGCUUGAGACAGAGCAGGAGCUUGAGCCAGAGCAGGAGCCUGAGCCAGAGCAGGAAAUUGAACCUGGGCAGGAGCUUGAACCAGAGCAGGAGCCUGAACCAGAGCAAGGGCCCGAUCCAGAGCAGGAAAUCGAACUAGGGCAGGAGCUUAAACCAGAGCAAGGGCCCAAACCAGACCAGGAGCUUGAACCAGAGCAGGAACCUGAAGAAAAAGCCCCUGGACAAAUUGAAUGGGAACCUGAAGAUCAGCAGGAUGAGGAGCAGUACAGGAUGGAGCAAGAAGCCGGAGAUCAGAGCCCCAGGAGGACUGACGGUGAGUCUUCUGGCCCAGAAUACAUAUCUGCAGAUCGGGGAGCUGGCCAGCUCUUUACCCCUGACACAGAUGCCCCCAACACGUCUGAUGCAGAUGUACCGCCCAGCUAUAGCAAGGCCGUAAGCUUUGACAGGCUGUCAGUAAGUUCGGAGGAAAGUGACAACGACAAGAGGCUGAUGCUGAUGACCUCGGACAGCAGGUCAGACUUGGACGACUCACUGCUGCCUUCACAGACCACCGAGCUCACUGCCAGCGAGCUGCUCCUCAACAAAAUGUUCUAUGACGAGGAGCUUGAAGGCUCUGAGCGGUUCUACAAGUCCCAGCCACUGGGUCUACAGCUGUGCUAUGCCCUCUACAACCUGCUGGUGGCGCACUCUGAAAUGGUCUGCUACCUGGUCAUCAUCCUAAACCACAUGAUCUCGGCCUACAUGGCAACGCUGGUGUUGCCCAUCCUCAUCUUUCUGUGGGCCAUGCUCUCUGUGCCACGGCCCAGCAAACGCUUCUGGAUGACCGCCAUCGUGUACACAGAGGUUACCAUUGUCAUCAAAUACUUCUUCCAGUUCAGUUUCUUCCCCUUCAACCAGAACCUAGCGGACAGAAAUAAGCCGUACCACCCCCCCAACAUCAUUGGGGUUGAGAAAAAAGAUGGCUACGUCCAUUAUGACCUUGUCCAGCUGCUUGCCCUCUUCUUCCAUCGCUCUAUUCUCAAGUGCCAUGGUUUAUGGGAUGAUGAUGACCCCAAAGCAACAAAGAAAGACCACUCCCUUCAUCGUGACGAGUCUGAGGAUGAAGAGAUGACAACGAAGGUGAUCCCAGCUGAGGAAGAGAAGAAGAGCUUGUCCACUCACUCCAUGAAGUCCAUCAACAUGGGCACCUCAGUUGACUCCAUGCAGGUGCACGUACAUAUGCGCUUCCCUGAGCAGCGCACGUACCAGCGACGCAAAAGCUCCAGCGGGGUCUCACAUGUGUCCCGCAAUUCGUCUCUGCGCUCAAAGAGAGGCAGCACGAGUACAAGAAACAGCAUUCGCAGAGAGGGCAGCGAGGCCGGCGUGCAGCCAAAGAGCCGCAAAGAGCUUAUCAUCGAGAAGAUUCGAGAGCAGCUUAUCAAAGCCAAGGUCUUUCUCCUUAGGAAAGCGAUGGAGAUCUACCUGCCCAUUCGUCAGUUCUUCUAUAAUCUGAUCCAUCCUGAAUAUAGCGCUGUGACAGACGUCUAUGUCCUUAUGUUCUUGGCGGACACCGUUGACUUCAUUAUCAUUGUUUUUGGCUUCUGGGCUUUCGGGAAACAUCAAGGAGGAGCAGAUAUUACGUCUUCGCUGUCCGAAGACCAGGUGCCAGGAGCGUUCCUGGUCAUGGUCCUGAUUCAGUUUGGGACAAUGGUGGUGGACCGGGCCCUGUACCUCCGCAAAACUGUAAUGGGAAAAGUGAUUUUUCAGGUCAUCCUAGUGUUCGGCAUCCACUUCUGGAUGUUCUUCAUCCUCCCAGGGGUGACAGAGAGGCGUUUCAGCCAGAACACCGUAGCCCAGCUGUGGUACUUUGUGAAGUGUAUUUACUUCGGCCUCUCAGCCUAUCAGAUCCGCUGUGGUUACCCCACUCGUGUGCUGGGCAACUUCCUGACCAAAAGCUACAACUAUGUCAACCUCUUCCUCUUCCAAGGGUUCCGUUUGAUUCCGUUCCUGACGGAGCUACGGGCCGUGAUGGACUGGGUGUGGACAGACACCACGCUCAGCUUGUCCAGUUGGAUCUGUGUAGAGGACAUUUACGCCCACAUCUUUGUGCUUAAGUGCUGGAGGGAGUCAGAGAAGCGUUAUCCUCAGCCACGAGGCCAGAAGAAGAAGAAGGUGGUGAAGUAUGGGAUGGGUGGUAUGAUUGUGAUGUUGCUGAUCUGCAUUGUCUGGUUCCCCCUACUCUUCAUGUCUCUAGUUAAAUCUGUGGCCGGUGUCGUCAACACACCUCUGGAUGUCUCUGUCAGUCUCACACUCGGAGGAUUCCAGCCAAUCUUCACAAUGAGUGCUCAGCAGAAAAACCUGAACAACGUCACAGAGGAAGAAUUUCGUUCUUUCCUUAAACUGUAUAGUAAAGAUUCUACAGCCUUGCAGUUUCUUGAGGCAUAUGUGCAUCAGGAUCUUACUAUAGCUCACCUUGAGGGAAACUCCAACUCACUGUGGACCAUCAGCCCACCCAGCAGGAAAAACCUGAUAGAAAGGCUGGCCCCAGAUGUCGAAUUCCCUUUAACCAUGACCUGGUCUAUACAGAGGAACAUGAGUUUAGGAGCCAAAGCAGAAGUGGCAACAGGCAAACACAUCAUCACCUUGGACCAGGAAACAAAAGAAAACCUUAAGAAAAUACUGCGGAAUGAUUCUGAAGCGAAAGAUAAAGUGCUCAUCAAAAACAUUUUUCCAAGAUAUCUUCGGGCACCUAGUGAUUCCAACACCAAACCCAUUGAGCAGCUGAGUGCAGAUUUCGAAAAUAUUGACCUGUCUCUGAAACGAGGGAACGGCAGUGAAGGAAACCCUCAAGAAUGGUGGACUGUGAACCAGAGCAACGCAGGCUCCAUCAAGCUGAAAUCUGUCAACUAUUCCCAGGGUUUGGAGCUCUAUAUCUUCAGCGAUCAGGUCAGCCCUCCGAGCUUGGGCUUUCUGGCUGGAUACGGCAUCAUGGGUCUGUACAUGUCCGUUGUACUGGUGAUUGGCAAGUUCGUACGUGAGUUCUUCAGUGGAAUCUCGCACACAAUUAUGUUCGAGGAGCUGCCCAACGUGGACCGCAUCCUCAAACUCUGCACCGACAUCUUCCUCGUGCGAGAGACUGGAGAGCUGGACCUGGAGGAAGAUCUCUAUGCUAAGCUCAUCUUCCUCUAUCGCUCUCCAGAGACAAUGAUCAAAUGGACCAGAGAAAAAAAACAGUGAAGAUGAUGGUGAUGGUAGUAAGAAAUGGCAGGGAAAAGGACACUGAUCACAUGGCAUGAAGACAUGGAACAUGGAAAAGCACCAGGCUGUGUGUCGGACCAUGCUGCUGCCUAUGUGUAUUUGUUUAACAGGUGGACAGUACAGCAGCCAAUAGCUACGAUUAGUAAUUGUAGCUGCACCUUACUUGACCAUACACAAAGUACCAUGCAGCGUGCAGUAGCCGCCCAGUGAGAGAUGCCUGAUCUGCGGCUACUUGUAUUUUUAAGGGCUUUUAAUGGACAUGAAGUCUUCCUGUCAUGCAUAAAAAUUGCAAAACUUUUCACAACUGGGAAUGCAUGAGCCAAGGAGGCGGUCCAUCAUGACCAUGCGCUGAUUGACAGGCGAGUCAACAAAUCCCAGUGUGAUUACAUUCAGAGACUUUUAAAGUGUUAAGAACUGAUUUUUAAGAGACCUAUUUAUCAAGCUUUUUUCCUGAAGAGGAGAGAGACAACUUCUGGUUUUGCAGAAGUUUGAAGAAAAUCAACACCAACAGCAAUCACCUGAAAAUAUUCACUUGCCUUAUUUAGUUUAUACAAAUAACUGCAUUUUCAUUCACCAUCCUUUUCUCAGGAACACACACCAGUCAUUUCUUUACGAGAUGUUCGCUUUUUCCAAUGCGCGUUAGGGUAGAGCCGCAAAAUAGAUACAUGCAAAUAGAUGGCGUCUAUGGAGGGAGAAAACAAGGCACAUAUCAUGAUGAUGCAAUGCUGAUUACUGAUUGUUUGUGGCUGGUCGACAGUGAUGGAGCAUGAACUCUUCAUAGGUGGCUACUGUAAUGCUAUUUAUGCUGUACAAGACUUGGGAGUUCUUGUGUUGGUCAGACAGAAAGAUAUAGGACCAUAUGUGAAGUUGAGAUAAUGACUAGUUGCUUAUAUUAAAAGGGUGAAGCAAUAUGAAAAUACAUUAUUAAAAGACGGGCGGGAAAGUGUAAUACGUUAAUUUGUAUAUAUAUCCAGUUUAAUGAGCAGGAAAGGUCUGUUUUUGAAUGUAUCAUGAUUACAUGAAUAUAAUGGUGCAGCGACAGACAACAACAAAAAAUUGGUGUUGUUUUGAAUAUGACCUCCAGCGUUCUAAUGCAAUCAUGAAGACAUCAUAAGAAAGCUGGGAGUAAUGAGAAGAGCUUUAUCAGAUGUGAUUUUGAAUGAAAAAACACCUCUUACGUUUCUAUGCAUUAUUUAAAGCGACUGUAGCAUGAGAGAAUACUUACUAUUUGACUUGAGACAUUUUCAUUACAUCACAUGUACAUAAGCUUUUACAGGGACAAAGAAAUGUGAAAUUAUUAGGUUUACUAUGUAAUGGUACGAAAGGAUGGAAAACAAGGAGCUGAACAAGAGCAAUGACCUCCAAAUAAAGCACAUAUUAGAAGGGCACUGUUAUUUUCCUUUUUUCAACCUGAUUAAACCUGUCGGAUCUGUAGCGUACAGUCGAUUAUCACGGACAGGAAUUUUGAGUCAUUUCCCUCUUUCCUACUUAGUAAAAAAACAACUCACAACACAUUUAUAAUAGAAAGUAGUGGGCAUUUGCUUCAGAUGAGGUAAACCCUGAAGCAGUCCUUUGCUUAUGUGCAUACUGUGUAGAGGUAUGCAACAAAAAAAAAUCUGUCGGACACAAGUUAGACGCAUACACAGGAACUUAUGAUGUCGGAAGCUGCAGUAAAUCUGUUUAACUGGAGUCUAGAGAAGGAUGCAGAAGUGUGGUGCUGAUAGCAUUUUCGAUAUCUUAAACAAUCCCCUGCUCUGCUGCACCCCACUAAUGCACUCUUACAUCAAAGACCUAUUGGAAAAAGCAUCAGCAACAGCAGUUGCAUACAUUAAUGAUGAACUAAAGAUGGAAUAGGGUGGGAGUUCAGCUCCAUACUCUACACCCUCAUCAAAUAUAAAUAGGAACAAAAAAG